AUGGCGGCGCGCUUGAUCGCGAACCUGAUCGUCGCCGGCGGCCAGGUCGCGAUGAAAGCGGUCGCGAACGCGUACAGCAAAGCGCUCGCGAACGCGCAGAGAUCAGGCGUCGCGCAGGAGGCGGCGGCGAAGGGCGCGGCGGCCGGGGGGAUGUUUCGGAAGAAGGUGAUGCAGGUCGAGGAAGCGAGGCAAGUCCUCGGCGUGGAGAAGGGCGCGACGCUCGAGUGCGUGCUCGAGCGGCACGAUAAGCUCAUGACGGCGAACGAGAAGGAUCCGGAGACGGGGCAGUACCGCGGGAGCUUCUACCUCCAGAGCAUGAUCAACAACGCGAAGGAGUCGGUGUUGAGAGAGGAUUUCCCCGACUACAAACCCCCGGGCUCGGGAGACGCGGAGGCGUCGGGACCUGCGAAGGAGAUUAGCGACGGCGAAGAGGGUGGCGGAGACGGCGACGGUGGCGGUGGCGGUGGGGGGGCGUCGGGGGGGAGGUCGAAUCCCAACUCUGGGCGCGGGUUCGCCGCGAGCGGCGUGGACGACGCGUCGAAAUAG